AUGUCGUGCUCUCUGUCUUGGUGUAGAAGCGUCUGCGAAGAUGUCGACUACCAUGUAAGGGCCGGAGGUGGCCGGAACAGACUGCGGGAGUGGUCUCCAGAGACCAAAGUUCAUUGCAGAUUUCUGUACGCGGCGCAAGCGAACUGCCUGGACUGUGUGCGCAAGUGGGUCGAGGAAGGCGCCUCCUUGGAGCGGGGCUCAAGCAACCAUGCGGAGUGGACGGCGCUCGCCUGGGCGGAGCACCAUGACGCGCGGGAGGUGGCCGACUUCCUGCGCCAGGCUGCUAUGGGAAGGUAUGACGUUCCGGCUUCCGCAAGUUCAGUGCCCGUUCUGAGGAGCGAGUCUGCUAGUCCUCCUCCGCCACCGUUCUGCGCAGCCGCAACGGAGGAUGAAUACUGUCACGUGGCCAGGCAGAAAACUCGCGAGAGAGUGCGAGGCAUGGAGAAGGAAGAUGAGAAGCACUACUUGUUCCUGCACGCAGCUUCCGCUAACUGCGUGGAGUGUGUCAGCGCUUGGCUGGCACGUGACGCCGACUUGGCCAAAGGCACGAUGAACACUGAGUGGAACGCAGAAAGCUUUGCGAUUCAUGGUAAUGCUAGCGCGCUGCUUGGCUUCAAGUGGACAACUUUGUUUCGUAUGCUUUUCAGACAGAAGAGCCGUGUCCGAGGGUCUUGA